AUAAAUGUAGAGCGGUGGCGCGGGCCGGCAGCUCUCUCCGAGGGGCUGCGGCACAGCCAUGCAGUUCCCGCACCCGGGGCCCGCGGCUGCGCCCGCCGUGGGAGUACCGCUGUACGCGCCCACGCCGCUGCUGCAGCCCGCUCACCCGACGCCCUUCUACAUCGACGACAUCCUGGGUCGCGGGCCCGCCGCGCCCACGCCCACCCCCACGCUGCCAUCCCCCAACUCCUCCUUCACCAGCCUCGUGUCCUCCUACCGGACCCCGGUGUACGAGCCCACGCCGGUCCACCCCGCCUUCUCGCACCACCCCGCCGCCGCGCUGGCCGCCGCCUACGGCUCCGGUGGCUUCGGAGGCCCUCUGUACUCCUUCCCGCGGACGGUGAACGACUACACGCACGCCCUGCUCCGCCACGACCCCCUGGGCAAGCCCUUGCUCUGGAGCCCAUUCCUGCAACGGCCCCUCCACAAAAGGAAAGGCGGCCAAGUGAGGUUCUCCAACGACCAGACCAUCGAGCUGGAGAAGAAGUUCGAGACUCAGAAAUACCUCUCCCCACCUGAGAGGAAGCGUCUGGCUAAGAUGUUGCAGCUGAGUGAGAGACAGGUCAAAACCUGGUUUCAGAAUCGACGAGCUAAAUGGAGGCGACUGAAACAGGAGAAUCCUCAAAGCAAUAAAAAGGAUGAGUUGGACAAUUUGGACACUUCUUGUGACCGGAGCCAAGACUCGCCCAGUGAACAGAGUAAAGGUGCCUCUUUGGAUAGUUCUCAGUGUUCACCUUCUCCAGCCUCUCGGGAAGACCCUGACUCCGAGAUCUCAGAGGAUUCUGACCAGGAAGUGGACAUUGAGGGUGACAAAAGCUAUUUUAAUGCCGGAUGAUGGUCACGGCGGAGAUGCAUUCAGAGACCGGACUUUCGAAUAGUGUUUUGCUACAGACAAACUGGAAAACUCUAUGGGAGAGAAAAAGAAUAUCAUUCUUCUAGUGUCCUGAAAAUAUUUGGUGUCCUAGCUAAUUAACAAAUAUGAAUUGAAGCCUUAAUUUUGACCUAACAGAUGGUAUAUAUACCAGUUUUAAGUUGUUUUGAUAGUGACUAAAUGUAUCCCCAUUUUAAAAAAAGUGAAUUAUUUCUAUUUAUGAGAAGUAAUUUGAAUUUUUGUUUAAAACUUAAAUUAUAACUUUAAAGGUUUUAAUAGGUUGUUCUUGAAGGACUUAACCUAAAACUGUGGCUAUACCCUCAACUUCAGAGGUGCACUUAGAAAGGGGGGGCCCACAUUUGCAGCUCCUUGGAGCAGUUUAAAAGGGCACACUGACUCUUACAUGACAUCUUCCAUUGCUGCCUUAACUCCAAAGCCAUUCCCGAGCGCCUGGCUCCAGGCGUGUGUUCUUAGAAGCAAGAUAGUUGAUAAGAUUCUCAAAAUCUUGUUUUGCUCCGUCAGUGCCUCCGUUAAGGUAUGGCACAGUCCCUAGAGGCAGGGAGACCAAUUCAUUUGUGACUGAAGGUAAUCCCAUGUGAACUAGAAAUAACAGGACAAUUAAAUGUAAGUAGAUUGUAGAUAGUGUGUUUUAUAGAAACAAUGUCUAUAACAUGUAUAUAGAAUUAUUCUCUGUAAAAACCCUGCCAAAA